CUCCAAGACUUUAACAAUUUUUUAAAAUUAUUUGUUUUAUAUGCAUUGGUGGUUUGCCUGCAUGUGUGUCUGUGUGAGAGUGUCAAAUUCUGGAGCUGCAGACAGUGGUCAGCUACCAUGUGGUGCUGGGAUUUGAACUCUGGUUCUCGGGAAGAACAGUCAGUGCUUUUAACUGCUGAGCCAUCCCUCCAGCCCAGACUUUCCUAAUUUUAACUAAACCUUUUUUCCCCUAGCAUUCCUACCACAGUUGAUUGUUUCUAGGCCUCUCGCUAUAAUUCUGAGGCCAUUCUCUUCCUGUCACAGCUAAAUCUUUACAAAAGCCCCACUGACUAUAGCAGCCAUCCCUGUUGCUGGCCGUGUCAGCUAGGCCUCUUCCUCUGGGGUGCACUGAAACCUUUUCUUCCUGGGGUCUCCGAUGACCCCUUUAAAGUAGGCUCUACAGUUCUAUUUGCUGAGCAGUGCGGAACACAGACCCUUGAGUUUCAAGCGUUCAAUAACAUUUAGAGGAUUGGUUUUCAUCUUGAAGGAAUCUCAGACCCACAGGAAAGUUACAGGUACAACGCAAAGAUGGUUUUGUUUCUUGAACUUUUUGAGUGUGAGUUGCAGAAGUUAUUGUUGAGGUAAUACAUAAACCAUCCCUUCCUGAGCUUAGUCCACGUGAGUCUUCCACAUCAGAUUCCUGUGGAAGUUAGUACAGUUUGGAGCAGAGCCACUUUUGAGUUCCCUCUGAAGAUAGCCUUCAGUGCCCGCUCUCUACCAUCACUCCCUGGCUGGCACCUCCUCCCUGUUGCCUUAAUAUAACAGUGCCUGCAACAGAGCUUGCGGUGUCCUCACACCACCUGUGCUUGGUUCCAUGGGAAGCAUGACAGGUCUGCUGCUCUCCUCAGCUGGACUCCCAGCUCCACGGUGGCAUCACAGCGGCCCAGCCCUUGAAGUGUCCCCAUUCACAGUUCCCAUCCUUACCAGGCCACAGUGAGCUUCCCGUACUUGUCCUUUUCAGACUGUGUUGUGUGCUCAGAAUCCAGGGACUUGCUCAGAAGUCCUCUCAGAGCUGUCACCAGAGUAGCAAGUGCAGUUCUUAGGGCCUCCUGCGUUAGGUCCCCUUAGCCAUCUUCCAGUAUCUUCUACGCUUUCCUCUCAUGUAAACCCUUAUGGAACUGCCCUCUACGAUUGAGUGUAAGGGUCAAGUAGGCCUUGUCUAGAAUAUUUCUCAGGUCAUUCUUUCUGGCAGAGAAACUGCUUUCUGAAUUGAGGUGGGAGGGUGAGAAUCCUUUUCUAGUUUUGUAUGAUACUAUAGAUAAAGUAGCAAAUGGAGCAUCAAAUUAGGCUUCUCUGCCUCCAUCUUAUUUCGCAAAAGUACAUGAUGGCGGGGAUAUGAGGGUGGAAUGUUAAAAGCAUUGAUUAGAGCCCAAUCUAUAGCAGUAGUUACGCUUCCGUCCGCACACCACUGAAAUACCAUUUGUGCAGCGAGCACAGGAGAGAAAGCGCGGGCACAGCCUGACAUUAACGAGAGAGGAGGCGGACAAUAAGUGCAUUGCAGUUGUUGAGUUUCUGUUUUCUUUAUAUCCUUUAUUCUCAAACUGCUGCCUCCCCCUCACCCCGUUCCUUUAAAAAUGUGAUACUUUAGUGCAUUUUAUUCAAAUGCCUCCACUGAGACUUAGAAGCCGUUAUUCUCCCAUAGCAACGAAAGGCAGAGAACUUUGGAAAGACAUGGCUGCUCAUGGUUACUCUCGCUUACACCUAAGCUGUUUCCAACAGCAUAUAACUAAGAAUCAGGUUUUCAUUUCCAAAAGUAAAAAAAAAAAAAAAAAAAAAAAAAAAAAAAAAGAAAGAAAAAGAAACUGCCUUCGUAGCUCUACAAUGUCUUUUAUUCCAUCCAAGUGUUUCUUUGGUAGUUCUAUCAAGAAAAUACAGAAAGGCACUUUGUUCUGAAAAAUUGAAUGAUCCUUUAAUAAUGUUGAAGGAUCUAGGAUAUACCUCUGUAUUACAAUAAACUUUCUUUUCUAUCCUAUUUCAAAGAAAAGCAGGAUUUUCUUUUAAAAUACCUGGAGGCCAACUAUGAAAAGCAUAACAAAAUUUAAACUUUUUGAUGUACAUAAAAGACAGUAUUUUAUCAUAAAAGCAUUUUAAAAUUCAUUAAAGUGGUUUUAAAGUGAUUCUCUGAGAAGCCAGAUCUUUAAAUGCAUUUGAGAAACAAAAUAAUCUAGAUUUAAGAGCAAUCUGCUUUAAAUGCAUCUUAUUCUUCCCAGUAUUUGAACAAUUUGUCCAGAACACAAUCCGUUCGUGUAGGAUUUUUGCCUGUUCAGAUCUAAGUGGGAAUCAGUAGUUUCUUUGUUGGUCACUAUGGAAACGAGUCAGCCUAUCCUGAGAGGCUCUUAGAUCAUACAGAACGAUGCCUGUGUCUCAGUGUAGCUCCUCACCGAGCAAACCAGAGCUGGCUCCUGCCUGCCUCCAGCUCUUGCCCGCCUGGAGCCGGUGCCAUGCAGGCGCAGGACCCAUCCCGCAGGCCCUCGGCUGUGCACUUCCUCACUGCCUUUCUGCAGGGCCGCCGGCACUCCACCUCUGACCCGGUCCUGAGGCUGCAGCAAGCCCGGCGUGGCUCUGGCUCUGCCACCAAGCUGCUGUCCUCAUCUUCCCUCCAGGUGAUGGUGGCUGUGUCUUCUGUCAACCGUACAGACGGGAAUCCCACUUUCCCGGAGAGAAAAAAAAGUUCAGAACGCCCAACACCAAAAUACACAAAGGUGGGAGAGCGUUUGCGGCAUGUCAUCCCUGGACACAUGGCAUGCUCCAUGGCGUGUGGUGGGAGAGCGUGUAAAUAUGAGAACCCAGCCCGCUGGAGUGAGCAGGAACAAGCUAUUAAGGGCGUUUACUCAUCCUGGGUCACUGACAACAUCCUGGCCAUGGCUCGCCCGUCCUCUGAGCUGCUGCAGAAGUAUCGCAUCAUUGAGCAGUUCCUCAGUCAUGGCAUAAAAACAAUAAUCAACCUUCAGCGUCCUGGUGAGCAUGCCAGCUGUGGGAACUCUCUGGAACAAGAAAGUGGUUUCACUUACCUUCCUGAAGCUUUCAUGGAGGCUGGCAUUUAUUUCUACAACUUCGGGUGGAAGGAUUAUGGUGUGGCAUCUCUUACCUCCAUCUUAGACAUGGUAAAGGUGAUGACGUUUGCCUUACAGGAAGGAAAAGUAGCUGUCCACUGCCAUGCAGGGCUGGGGCGAACAGGUGUUUUAAUUGCAUGUUAUUUAGUUUUUGCAACAAGAAUGACUGCUGACCAAGCAAUUAUAUUUGUGAGGGCAAAACGCCCCAAUUCCAUUCAGACCAGAGGACAGCUGCUCUGUGUCCGGGAAUUCACUCAGUUUCUGGCUCCACUCCGUAAUAUUUUCUCUUGCUGUGACCCCAAAGCACAUGCUGUUACCUUAGCCCAGUACCUGAUACGCCAGCGCCAUCUGCUCCAUGGCUAUGAAGCGCGACUUCUGAAGUAUGUGCCAAAGAUCAUCCACCUCGUGUGCAAGCUGCUGCUUGACCUGGCUGAGAACAGGCCAGUAGUGGUGAGGAGCAUGGUAGAAGGACCCGAACUCUCCGCAGAAAUCGAAAAGACUGUGUCUGAGAUGGUCACGAUGCGACUAGAUCAAAAGUUACUGAGGCAGAACAGCGACGUGCCUGACCCGUUCAACCCCACUGCAGUGGAGGCUGAGUUUGAGAACCAGGGUGUGAUUCUUUCCAAUGAGCCCGAGUUUGACCCUCUCUGGAAGAGGAGGAAUGCUGAGUGUCUUCAGCCUCUGACACAUCUGAAAAGGCAGCUCAGCUACAGUGACUCAGAUUUAAAGAGAGUCAAAGCUAUCCUGGAGCAAGGGGAGACGCCUUGGACAGUGCCUGCCGAGGACUUGCAGGACCACAGCCUGCAUCAGAAGCCCACCAGCCCUUGUUACAUCCCGCCGACUCCGGAGCUAGGUUUAGAGAAGGAUGCCUUGGUUCACAGUGCAUUUUCUUUCUGGACUCAGUCAAAGUGUGGAGGCUUGGAAGGAUUCAAUGAUGAUGGAUCACCACUCUUCUAUAAGAAGGACAUUCCAAAGGAAGUGCAGCGGAGCAGGACCUUCUCUGUGGGAGUUUCUUGUUCUGACAAUCCUGGAGAACCAGCGCCACCCAGCUUUGCUAGUCUCCACAAGGAUCCAGAGCAAGUCAUGCACUGUGGGUGUGAAGCUCCUGGUGGUUGCAUUCCAGGCAGCCUUCUCAACUGUGGCUCCAAUCCUAAGGCACAGUUCCCCCCCAGACAGGAAACCCAAGACAGCACAUACCUGUCUGAGGCGAUGCCGUAUGCUGGCCUGCAGUCUGAACUGAGUGCCGACGCAAGGAGAAUACUGGCAGCCAAAGCCUUGGCAAAUGUGAAGGAGUUUGUAGAAAAGGAGGAAGUAAAAAGAAAAGUGGAAAUGUGGCAGAAAGAGCUCAAUUCCCGAGAGGGAGCUUGGGAAAGGAUAUGUGGUGAGAGAGACCCUUUCAUCUUGUGCAGUUUGAUGUGGUCUUGGGUUGAGCAACUGAAAGAGCCUGUAAUCACCAAAGAGGAUGUGGACAUGUUGGUUGACAGACAAGCAGAUGCUGGUGAUGCCCUGUUUUUACUAGAGAAGGGUCAGCACCAGACCAUCUUGUGUGUGCUGCACUGCAUAGUGAGCCUGCAGACGCUUCCUGUGGAAGUGGAGGAUGCUUGCCUUUCACACGCCGUCAAAGCUUUCACCAAGGUUAAUUUUGAUUCUGAAAAUGGACCAAUAGUUUACAACACCCUGAAGAAAAUAUUUAAGCACACAUUGGAAGAAAAGAGAAAAAUGGCAAAAGACAGCCCUAAGCCUGGCCUCUCCUGAAGCCUUCUUCUCUGGACAAGUAUCUGCCUAAGGGUCCAUCCCGCCAAAGGGUGGCACUUCUGUCCCCUCGUGGACGUGGCCUGCCGCACUGGCCUUCCUCGCCACACUCCAUUGUCAACGCUGUGUCUUUUGUGCUGAAAUGGUGGCUCUUUUUUUGGAGUAGUUAUUUAUUUUAAAAUAUCUUUGAGCUGUGUCUUGAAAAAUUGCCAUAAAGUUGGUGCCACUUUUAUUUAUUUACUGAAAUAAUAUUGUUGUGUUUGAAAUUUUAAGUAUGUUAUAUUUGUGUCCUUAUUCUUCUUGACAUUUUGGAGGGAAAAAAACCCAAUUCUUCUAAAACAAUUAUUUUCUUGACAGAACUCUUUCUGGAAUUUUUACCAAAUAGAUUAUUUUAGCAGUAAAACCUCACAAUGUAGCCCCCAAGAUAUAUAUAUAUAUAUAUAUGUAGCCCUCCCUCAGAGAUACGACCCAAGAAAGUCACCAAGUGUCUUAAACGGUUUUAUAUUUGUUAACUAAGAAGGAUAUUAAUACAUUUUAAAGGAGUUUUAAAGACUUUGAGACUUUUUCUUUUUUUACAGAUGUGGCAAAGGCUUUCAAAGUACAUUGUUUUUUUAGCGAUUCAGUUCACUGUAAUAGACUGACUGGAGUGGUUGGAAUUUUAUACUUUGUAGAAAGUAGCCUUACUCUUGUCAGGCCUCCAGACAACCUCUCUCUUGGCUGUCAGGGGAGGGAGCAGCUCAACCCAGAAGCCUUAUUCUGCUUCCCCAGCCUGCUGCUGAGCCAGUUCACUGCUUUACAGAAAAAAAUGGACCAGACGUGGCCAAUGUGGGCAGUUGCCAGGGAGCAGAACUGGCCUUUGUCCUCCCAGGAACUGCACAGAAGGGACAGUAGUGCUGAGUAAAGGCUCCUUGCCGGCCCUGCUCUCUUGGGGGCGGUGUGGUCAUUCUGCACAGGAGGCUUAGAGCUGGAGCAAGUCAGGCAAGGCGCUGUCUGUUCCAGGGUUCCUGGCCUUGUUGCCUGGUCUGCGCCCCCACCCCCACCUCCAGCCCCAAAGCUGCCCUUUCACAAACCCACUCACGGUAGCCUCUCACGCUAGCUGCUUUUUUGAUGUGAGGAUUAUAAUUUUUAAAUUGAAUUCAACCCCAUGUUCCAUUCACCCUAACUGGCUUCAAAUAAGAACAGCCGACUGCUCAAACUUUUCCUUCAGAUUAAACUAUUAGUCAGUAAUUGGGGCCUUAACUUAUUUAAAUUAAAUUAAUGUACAGGAGUAGCAGAACCCAUGCCAUAGUAGUUUUCUUUAGAAAGGUGAUAACUAGACCAAUCCAAACUGAAGAAGUCACUCUGAUCCUCAGAAGUUUAGGAAAGAUGCAACAAAUGAAAUUUCUCUAAUUCAUGCAUUUCUAAAUUGUAGUCUAGUAUAUCAAGAACUCUUUUAAUCGCUAGUCUCACCAACUCUGAUGGCCAAGGGUAAGUGCCAUUUUCUUCACUCUGAAAUUUCUUCCUGGGAAUGAGAUAUAAUAGUUGUUAAGGAGCCGGCUUACCCAGUGUUGAAAUACCUUCUUAAGUGCCUAACGGGAGGCGCUUGCGUUCUGUCUCCUAUGCACACUCCAAAAGCUGAUGUUCAAGGACAAUGCUCGUCUUCAUCUCUAUCAGCCUUGAAUGGGCAAGUGACACCAUGGAACUUUGCCACCCUCCCUCGUCAAAGCCAGCUGUGCCUGUGCAUCUGGAACGCCUGUUUUAAGUUCUAGAACAGUCCCGUGGUGACACCACUUGCAUGUCAGCUCUGCGCAGGUGUUGUAUUUAUCUGAAUAAAAGUUAAAAGAACCAA